CAUAGUGCACGAUAAACCCGGCGCGCGGGCGCAAGAGGCCGGCGCGCUCACUCCCCUCGGCCAGCGCCGGCGCGCGCACCGCUCGUACGUCCGCGUAAAAAUAAAGUCCACGGCGCUCGUGUACUCCAAACAUUUAUAAUUAUCAGUAAAUCGCCGCGAGAGCACACGACUGGCACGGCCAGUGACCGCUCGCUGAAAAACCGCGAUCUGUCUAUCCGAGCCCUUCAUCCCGCACACCACGAAAUCCCUACGCGACGCAACUAACCCGUCAAAAUCGCGACUCCUACGCAGACACCGGUGUCGGGGGCGCGAGCCGCGUUUGAUUGGACGCCGCGUGUGAUUGUGUGAUAACGUUGUGACAGUGAUAACGAUUACAAUCCGUAUUUAAAUAUGCCUGAAAAACCUAAACGACGUAAGCCAAAUAAAAAUCAACGCAAUAGGAAUAAAAACAAACAAGAACAAAAUAAAAAUAACAAUGUAGAAAGCGUUUUGAGCUCUGAAUCAUGUAGUGCUGAUGUUGAAAACAAAGAAACUUGUUCAACACUUAAUGAAACCAAACCUGAAAUUACAAUACCUUUAAAUGAGAAGGAGACAAUAAAAGAUGAAAAAAGUUCUAAGAAUACUUCCGACAAUGAGUUAAGCACGAAUCAAGAUUUGAAUAGCAAUAGUACUGAAUUGCCGGACUUAAACACUGUCGACAGCAUGAAACUCACAGUGGAUAGCGCUACUAAUGACCCGCAAUACGUCGUGGAAUCUCCUGAGCAGUCACUUAAAGGCAAACCCAAAUUAAACGCAAAUGUAAAAAGCAAGAGCUUGGAUAAUGAGGAAGCUACAAAAAUUGUUGAGAUAACCGAAGAAUGUGGCUUACAGUCUGACGAUGAAAGUACAUUACAUUUAAUUGAUAGCAGUAGUGUUUUAGUAUCUGAUGUUGAGUCGGAUAUAGAAUGGGAAAAGACAGAUGAUUUAGAAGAAGGCCCGAUGGUUUCUCGUGAUUUAACUAAACCUUUAACAACUUGUGAUAUUCCUAUUACAUUUACACCAAGUGAACAAAGCAGGACGUUGACCCCUGAAGAAGAAGAAUCUUUGCGCAACUGUUUACAAAAUCUUCCACUAACUAAUUCAACUUAUGAUUCAUCUGAAGUUAUUGUUCAAACCGUACAAGUUGUAAAUCAUGGAGUUAAGCAUAGACUACGCAAAAAAGCAUCUGCUGAUGACUUUAUAUUUAAUAGACUGGGUCCUCCAAGGACACUAGACGUGAUUGAUGAAGAAGGAAGUGGCGAGUCGUCAAAAAGCUCAAGGCGCCAAUCAUAUUUAAGCGAAAGAAAAAAUGUUAAUGACGAUUUAGACGAUGAUGUAUUUGAAGAUAAGACAAAAACGAAUAAGUUUGUUACUAAAAUGAAUCACAAUAAGUUUGGAAGGCAAAUUCAACAACAAUGCAUGCUUCUUGAUACCAAGUUAAAAGAACCGGAAAUCAGUGAAGCACGAGGAGACUGGUCAGUGUCAAAUGUGGAAAAAAUGACUGGAGCUGAAAUUGUAUAUUUAACGGAUACGUCGAGUAGCACAAGUUCAAUUUAUGACAAUAGUGAAGACGGGGAUGACGGAGUUGAGACAGAUGCUUCAGUCAGAAUGAUAACGCCAACCAUUGAAGUAACUGAUACCGAGACCUUGCUUAAGGAAACAUUUGCUGCAAGUCAAGAAGCGUCCACGCAAAACAUCCCUCGAGUAAUUGAAAUACCAACAGAAGUCAAACAAGGAGACGACAACCAGUCAGUUCUUAACUCUCAUGAAAUAGUAGUCUUAUCCACUGAUGAGAUAAAGACUAAUUUAACUGUCAAAGACGUUGAGUCUGAUAGUAAUGUAAAUACAACGUGUGAUACCAACAAUACUAAUAUCAGUAGCUCACAAUCACAAAAAUCAAAUAACGGAUACGACCUAGAAAUGAAAGUUUUAAAAUGCGAAUUAAAUGAUGCUAUAAAUACUUUAAUAAAGGAAGUUUCGUCCGAUACUGAAUCCUCCGAAAAAAAUGGAAAAGAAAUCUUAAAUAGACAAGAUUCUUCUAGCAGUGUUGGUUCCUCCCAAUGCACGGCCAAAUACAACCCCACUUAUUCAUCCCUUAACGAUGUCUCUAACAUUGUGCAUGAUGACAUGAGCGAACUCCCCAUCAAUAUUCAACACACAAUUGAAACUAGUAAUUCAAGUCAUGUAAACGAUGUUUUUGAAUAUGUUACAGGGAACGCCUCACAAUAUAAAAAAGGAACUGUAGACGAGCCAUCCACAUUGAAAGAUCUAUGUGUACAAAAAAUUGCAGCUUUUCCUUAUGGUGAUAAAAUACUAGAAGAAUUGGCAUCAGCAUCAAAACGACUCCAAAAUAUAACAAUUUAUAGUCAGAACUCUAACAGUGAAACCAAAACGACUGCGAUUGGAUCACAAAGAAUUCCACAGUUUCAAUCUAAAGAAAAUAUGCCUUAUUAUCCUUUGCCUGAUGUUUCAUCUAUUGAAAAGGUAACAUUAUCUUCUAAGGAUAAUGAUCAUAAUCCACCUCCAGUGCAACCUCGCAAUUCCUCAUUGAAAUUGUCUCAAGAUGAAAAUCAUUGGGUAGGGGUGCCAACAGAAACGGAACCUGUUUAUGUUUGCUUAUCACCAUCUCAAAAAAUGUUAAUGGAAAAAACAAAUACAGUUAUAACUAAAGAAGAUGCUAGUCAACUUGUUGAUAUGCAUAAAAAGUAUGUUGAUAGAAGAGGUUAUAACGAAUAUUAUGACAAAGAGUUCAGAAAAGAAAACCAGCGACCAGAUAACGGUCCCGUAGUGCCAUUCAAAUCCCAAACUGGGUCUCGGUUACUGGCGUUGAUACGUGACCCAGCUGUCACUGAUAAUAUGAAUUCUAUGAAAUCGAAGAAUCAACUUAAAAUAUUAGACCAAAUAGAAAGUAUUGACAAAAAAUCACAAACCAUGCUUAAAAAACAAGACCAAUACAAUUCGGCUAGAAAUUUUACAAGCAACUUAAAACCUGUUCCUCCCCCUAGAACCCGUAAAUUUUCGUCAUCAAUAUAUGAAAGCGACGAAAGUUCUGAUUUUACAGAUAGCUCAUUUCGCUCUUUUAAAAAUGAGAGAAAAUCAUUUCACUACUCAACUGGUAAUUUAAGUAAAGAAAUUGAAAAUGAUAUAUCUUCAAUUCAAAAUAUGCAUCGAUAUUACACAGAUUUUAGAGAUCAGUUCAAAGACCAAAGUGCUCCAAGAAGACCGUCUUUGCCCAAAGAUUUGUGUGACCAGCAAAUGGAAUAUAUACGACAAAAAGAAAAAGAAGUAGAAGCUGAAAUACGUCGACUUGAAAAUGAAAAGCUUAGUUUCCCUGUACAGGUGAAACAACGGCCCAGGGCUCCGCUAAUAUCAGAAGCCGAAGUCUAUAACGAACAAAUUACCCGUUCUAGUAGUCACAGCAUGCUUCUUAAAAAAGAUUCGGAGAUAAAACUGUCUGCUCUUAAAUCGCCAAAAGUACCAGAAAAACCAGAUAAAGGAAAGUUGUCUGUUUUCAGCAGUAGUCAAGAAGAACUACUACGUGAGAAAAUGUAUUCAGAGUAUGUCAAUCAAAUGGCUGAACGCGAAGAAAGGAAGCAACAAAAAGUAAUAAAAAUAACCAACAAUAGUAAACCUGUGGCAUCUACUUCGGAAAACCCUUUUUCUAAAAGUAUGUCAGCCUUAGAUUUUCUUGAUUCUAAAGUAAAUAAUAGAAUCGAAAAAGAAUUUAUUUGGAAAGCAAGAGAAAGGUGGAACAAAUUAGGUAUUAAAGAUCCCGAAACAGAGGAUGAGAGAGAUGAGAAUAAUAAAGAUGUUUAUAAAGAACCAAAAGUAAUUGAGCACAAAAUUAAAGUUAUAGAAGGAGGUGAAGAAAAAGAUGUCAAGAAGUUGCCUAGCCAUCUGCAAGACUUCGUUCGUUUCACUGUGAAGGACACCGAUCAGGGGAAAAGCAGUCCGGAGACCGUCAUGAUCGCACCGCGGUUUAAAGCGCGCUCCACGUCGCCAGCGGUGUGGAGGCCAGGCGCGCCGACGCCGCCGCCCGCGCCCGCGCCGGUCGCGCGCUCGCCGGGCGCGCCGCCGCCGCCGCCGCCGCCACCGCCAGUGUGGACCCCGGGCGCUUCGCCCCAGACGCCAAGGAAGUCCUUCAGGCCUGUGCACUUUGAGGAGACGCCGCCUAGUCGUAGGAAGUUUGGGAGUUCGGAGCAGAACGGCUGCACUAGCGGCUCGGAGAGCGAGGGACGCCUGCGGACCAGCCACAGCGCCCCGGCUACCGGCCUCAACUCCUUGGGGAACUCCUCUAGCCGUCUUCCUCGUGCACAGAACCCCACCGUCACUCUUCUGCAGAAAGCUAGAGAGGGGCAAUUCUCGCGAGGUUCCAACUACCUGCAACAGGAAAGAGAUAGCGCGCGUUUGCCCCGUGACAGAGUUUCUCCACCGAAAAGCGAUCCCAUCCACGCUCUACGCAGAGAGUACGCAAGUGAGGGAGAGGCGGACAGGAGCGACUACGAACGCGGAGGGCCACGUAAAAUGGCACAUGCUCAUGAAAAAGUUGAAGGAAUCGGACCCACGACCAAAGACGGCAUGCCAGUAGCUCUGAGAUCUGAAGUCAAAGACCAGUCAAAAUGGUACAAGAAAAUGUACGACACCAUACACAAAAACAAAUACGACGACGAUUUUGUGACUAUUCGGUACAAAAGCCGCCGAGGUCAACAACCGCAGAGGGUGACCAACAAGUCCCAGUAUGCAUACUUCGAUCCCCGCUCCGGUUACCUGAGUGAGCCGGAAGGUGGCCUGAGCCGACUGGGUUCCAGCACAUGGAGCGAUGCAUACGACAGUGAUGUCACUAACAGCCCUCGGAGAAGGACCACCUCUGUACAGGAAGAGAGACGCCAUGAAGAAAUCACUUCGCCAUAUCUACCUAGUAAUAAGUAUAGUACCUUAGCAUCAGCAAGAGCUAGUCAAGAAGUGUACAAAAAUCAGCCCGGGAAAAUAGAGAACUAUGUCCCCGGCAGAUCUUCAGUUGUUGACAAAGAAGCUAAACAGUGGUGGGACGAGGUCAUGGACAUUUUUGAUGGGUGGCUAGACGACAACUCACCCCUGCCCCCUUACACCACAUUGCUCGCUCGCGCGAUUCAGAAGAGCCAAAUAUCAGCACAGAGCACGACGUCACUGCCACAAGCAUCGCCGAAAGAGAAGAAAGAUAUUACGUCAGCUAUUUUAUCCAAAUCCAAUAUGGCGCGAGCCCUAAAAGAGUCAGGCUACGAGUCCGACUCAACGCUAGUGUUCCGCCGUCGCGACGACACGGAAGGCCCGCUGUCCCCCGCGGAGCGGCGCGCGGCCUAUAGAGACCUGCAGGCCGGCGGCGAGCCCCCGCUUAGAGGGUUCCGGUCGCCCGCGCCUCCUAGGACAGAAACCGACUCCGCUCCGGAACCACCGCGGCGUACACCAAACGGAACCCACUCCGAUUCCGAGUCCCCGCGGCGCUACGUAGAGAGCGACGUGAACAUCCACUACAGAUGUCCCGUACGACACGACCCGCUGCCGCUGGUGCCCGAGCGGGAGCUCGCGCGCCAGCAGGCCGAGCACAUGAAGCGGCUGUACAGGGAGCAGAGGCGGCACAAGUACCUGCAGGAGAAUGAUAUACAACCUCACGACAUUGAAAUGUUUGAUGGCGCCAUAAAGGAACUACAAGAUAUGCAAAACAGGCGUCAUCAAGACAACUUCACACCAUCACAAAAAAGCGUUGUCGCUCUCAACCGAUACGACGAAGCUGAGAGAAUCGUCGCCCGCGCUCUGUAUGCCUUCAACGGGCAGACGCAGAGGGAGCUGAGCUUUAGGAAAGGGGACCUCAUACAUGUGAGGAGGCAGAUAGAUAAUAAUUGGUAUGAGGGCGAGCUGCACGGGAGGAUAGGACUGUUCCCCUAUAAUUAUGUUGAGAUACUAAAAGGCGACGUUGCACAAUCACCAAAGAAGCCCGUCGCCCAAGAGGGCAAAGCUCGUGCGAAGUUCGACUUCACCGCCCAGACCAGCCUCGAACUGCCCCUCAAGAAGGGCGAAGUGGUCGUGCUGACGCGACGCAUCGACCACAACUGGUGGGAGGGACGCAAUGGCCACAAGACCGGCAUCUUCCCUGAUAGCUACGUGACCAUACUGCAGGAGCCUAGUCAGAAUAAACCUGAAAUCCAAUCGAUCGCAGCGUCGGACAAGCCGGUGGCGUCUCCCGCGGCGCACGGGCUCCUGAACGGCUCCGCCAAGCGCAGCAUGGGCGCGCACAGCUACAUGCCCACGCCCAACAACCCCAACCUCGCCAACGCGCCGCCUUCCACGCAACCGCUGCCAGGGUACACGACAAAAACAGCGCAAGCAGCUCUGACCCCAUCGGAACGCGGGUACGGGCCACCCACUGGCGCUGGAGUGGAUCUCAACAACACCGAACCGCUCUACGUUGAUACUAACGCUGAAGCUGUGCCGUACCGAGCGAUGUACAAAUACCGACCCCAGAACCCGGACGAGCUGGAACUCAAUGAGGGUGACACCGUGUAUGUGCUGGAGAAGUGCGACGACGGCUGGUACGUGGGCUCCUCGCAGCGCACCGGCCGCUUCGGCACCUUCCCAGGCAACUACGUGGAGCGCAUCUGAUAGCGGCCGACGUUGCUGCGGCGCCUGCGCAGCGCCACGCUGUGCGCGCGCCGCCCGCGCCCCCGCCACCACCGCUGACACACACACGCACACUACUACCGUUGUAACUUACAUUAUGCCUAAUUAAGGGUACACCCACACUAGCGUCUCUCGAGCGUCGGCGCCUAGUCAACUCUAUGACUGCUGCUCGACGCAACGUUGACGCAACUGCGCAGCGACGCCAUUUUCCACAGUGCUGACUAGACGCCGAAGCUCAAAAGACGCUAGUGUGUGGUGACACUAACCCCGAGUCCCACGGACGCGAUAUCGCCCCCAGCAUUGACGAUCAAUCAAAUUUGAAACUAAGUCGAGAUGUGGCUGAUAGAUUACGAUCCCUGGGACUCGUAGGUUAUUGAACUUUCAUGGUAUUUCGGAAGCGAAAAAUCUUUGUAAGCUAUAAAAGUGGUAAAUUAACUUCGAAAGCGAAAGGCGAAUUGUGAAUAUUAUAAACAGCCUUUUUUCUUUCGAAAGAUUCGAAUUAUGAAGGAAACGAGUGAAACACUGAGUAUGACAAUAAAGUGAUUUCCCCCUUAGGAUUGUACCUUAUUAUAGGGUUCCGCACUCGUUCGUAUGUACUUUUAAUGCCUGUCGAGUGUGUCAGCUUGGAUUGCAGAGGGUGGACCGGACGCGAUGUAAUAUAAACAUAGGGUAUACCAAAGCUGUAUAGAAAAAGAUAUCUGUAUCUGCCCUUAAAUUAUAGCUCUAUUAGGUCGAAGAGUCGAGCUAUUCGAUUGUUGAGCCAACACUUGUCAAAUUGUAUGUAUUGCCGCAUACGUCUUGGCUCAACUUUAAUAGCGAGGCAAAGCGAUAGGUCUUGUUAAAUGCUUUAACACAAAGAAGCCUUGUCGAAUGGGACUCGAACGCCAACGGGCGCCACACACAAUUACAGCUUAAUUAUAAAACUAUAUAACCUGUAUUACAGACGUGGCAUAUCUUAUAGUGUAAAGAAACCAAACUCCAUGACUUUUUAUAACGUUUUUGUAUAUUUAUCUAUACUGCCUCAAUCCGUAGUCUCCAAUAAUCUUGUAUGGUAAUGUAUCACAUUCAUGUUUAACUUGGCUGUUGGUAUACAUAUACGGUGAUGUUCGACGGGUUUUGUUGAGUAGUUUAGAAUCUCAGUUCUAACCGUAAAAUGUGCUAACUCCGUGGAUGUUAAGGCUUCUGUCGUCAUUGUCUAUUUAAUUGACUAAAUCGUAAUCUAACAGCCCUCAGCUAAUGUAAGCUAUCCUAAGUUGUGCGUCCCAAAGAGUAUGUUAAAAAAUAAAACGACGUUGUAUAAUUGUGUAAAGAAAUUAAUAAAAAUACUUAUAUACUUGUAUAAUUACUUAGCAUAGUUAUUUAUUUACGUGUAGGAGUGAAUUGAGCUUGUCUUUUAAAAGUGACGUUUUAAAAGAACGAAGCUGAGCGUUCGGUACUAAUAUGUGUUACUAACAAUUUUGUACGUAUACAUAUCCGCAAAAGUUAAACUUUGGAAUGACGGUAACAUGCUAACAGUGUCAAAGUUUAGACGUUUUGUGAUUAUUGGCCACAGUAAAAGCGACAAAGAUUACCUAUUAAAUGAAGUGUAAGGUUUUACCAAAAAAUAUUAGUUACCGCAUAAAAGUUAAUCACUAAUCGUAAUACUCAAAUAAACACCCAGUAAUGUAUAUAGGGCGAGGUAUAUUCGGAAACGGUUGACAAUACAAUAUUUAUAUGCUUAAUUUUUAAUUAGGAGUACUUUGAAGUGUAAAAGAAUUAAAUGUACCUAAUGGUCGGAUAUUAAAAUGACCCGCGCUGCAGGGAUGAUCGUUUUCCUUAUAGUUGUGUCUAUCAAGUCUAGUCACGAAUCAAAUUUUGUAAGUAUAUUUUUACAUUGUGGCCUAAAAUUCAGCUUCCUUUGUGACUUGUGUAAAGAAUAUGAUAUUACUUGUGGUACAUGUCUAGCUAACAACGCAUACUAUAUCUGUAUUAAGUUAUAUCAAUAAUAUAUAUUUUGUAAUCUUUACUCGUAAAGUUUCUAGUUAAGCUCGAAAGUGAAGCCCUCUCGCCCUAUGUCAUGCUUGUUUUAUGUAGAACAUACCAAAUGCUUUCAUUUAUUUUUAACCUAUUUGUUGUAUUUACUCUUGUUAAUUUAUUUUUAAAAGCACAAAUGGUUUAUUUUGUUGUUGACACCACGACAUAAUGGUAACAGUAAUUGAUUGUUCAAAAUCAUCACUUUAAUAAAAUAAUCCUUCUAUUUAA